UUAGUGUGACUUCAGGUCUGCACAGUGAGGCAGAGGGAUCACGGACUUUGACGGAAUUCCAUCACACACAUGCACUUGGAGUUCACUUCCAAACCUGGAUUUGUAUUCCUUUACUUGCUAAAAUGUUUCAAGGGUGGUCUCUUGCCCUGCAUCUACUCCUGCUGUGCUGGCUGGCCACUGCCCUGCAGGUUAUAGAAGAGCGAGGCUCAGGAGGUCAUCUGGACCUGACGGAGUUAAUUGGCGUGCCCCUCCCUCCCUCCGUCUCCUUUACUCCUGGCCAUGAGGGUUUUCCAGCCUACAACCUCGGGCCUGAUGCCAACAUCGGUCGGCUCACCAAGACCUUCGUGCCAGGCUCAUUCUACAGAGACUUUGCCAUCAUUGUCACGGUGCGUCCAGCCUCUCAGAGAGGAGGGGUCCUCUUCGCCAUCACAGAUGCCCGUCAGAAGGUGGUGGAGCUGGGUUUGGCCCUCACUCCGGUGCGGGGGGGCCUCCAGAGCAUCUUACUGUACUACACUGAUGAGGAACAAGCUUCACACAGCCACAAAGCUGCUUCCUUUAGUGUCCCUGAUAUGACCGAGCAGUGGACACGAUUCACGGUGGUGGUGGAGCAAGAUGAGGUGCGUCUCUACAUGGACUGUGGCGAGGCAGAGAGGACGACAUUCCAUCGCAGACCAGAACGACUCAACUUUUCGCACAAUUCAGGAGUUUUCGUAGCUAAUGCAGGAGGCACGGGGCUCGACAAGUUUGUGGGAUCCAUUCAGCAGCUGGUGAUAAAAGAUGAUCCUAGAGCAGCUGAGGAGCAGUGUGAAGAGGAUGAUCCUUAUGCCUCGGGAUUCACCAGUGGAGAUGAUGCAUUGGAUGACAGAGAGUCAGAGGAGGAAAUGAUGAAGAACACACACGAGAGAAAACAAGGCACAGAGCAGGAGGAGGACAGUGUUCCAGUCAGAGCUCCACCCACUGAGGCCCCGGAGGUGGAGCUGGAGGAGUUCUCCGGUCAGCAGACUACAACAGAGGCCACUGAAGACAUGCUGCUAAAAGGGCCACACAUGACACAGGAGCCAGGGGAGGCACCCAGAGAUGGUCAUGUCAGACAUGGGAUAAAAGGAGAGCGUGGAAGUCCUGGACCCAGAGGCCAACCUGGCCGACCUGGACACCCAGGCCCCACCCCUCUACCUGGGCCAGCUCAACCCGGGCCGAGAGGGACACAAGGACCAGCCGGAGUCCCCGGGUCCACAGGACAGCAAGGGAGAGACGGACAGGCGGGACACAAGGGUGAUAAAGGGGAUGCAGGUCAAAGAGGAACUCAGGGAUUAUCAGGUUCUGACGGAGAAGCUGGAUCUAAAGGAGAGAAGGGAGACCAAGGAGUUGGUGCUCCGGGCCUCCCUGGGCCUCCUGGACCGCCCAGAUCACGCAGUGUAUCGUAUGGAGCAGAUGCCCUGGGUUCUGGCUUUGAAGACCUGGACAGUGACACUGAGCUCAUCAGGGGUCAUCCUGGUCUACCCGGGCCUCCAGGGCCCCCGGGUCCCCCUGGACCCUUACCAUCAUCCUCAGCUGAGGGCUUCUCUUCAGGAUAUGCUGGUCUACCCGGCAAAGACGGACCGCAAGGGAAACCUGGAUUACCAAUGUAUAAGGAUUGGUUUAGUGGCUCUGGGUCUGAUGCUUCAGGACUGAGCUCAGAGUUUUCCUCUGACCUCGGCUCUGGGUUCAGCUCCGGGUUCAGCUCUGAGCCCGGCUUUGCGUCCGGUUCUGGGCUUGACUUUGGGUCUGCUUGGGGUUCAGGCGAGGGUCUAGCAGGAACAAAUGGCAGUCCAGGCCUAUCAGGAGCUUUGGGAGAGAAGGGUGAACAAGGGUUAGCUGGUCAACCUGGACCAAAGGGUGAAUGCGGGUCUCUGGGGACAAAUGGAUCCUCAGGGGCUCCAGGGCCUAGUGGACCACCGGGGAAGAGGGGCCCAUCAGGUCCCCCAGGACCCCCUGGCCCUCCCUGGCCAACCAAAUUCUUUGUAGAGGAUAUGGAAGGAUCUGGGAAGAGUGACAUGCUCAUUGGAACCGGAGUCAGAGGCACACAGGGUCCACCUGGUAUACAUGGUCCAACAGGACCUAAGGGUGAGGAUGGAGCCACAGGAGCACCAGGGCUCUCCGUCAAGGGUGAACUCGGGGACAAAGGACCAGAGGGCCGCCAGGGUCCUGCUGGACUACCAGGAGCCAGAGGGGCUAAAGGAGAAAAAGGAAAUCUAGGAUCCAAGGGUGAUCGAGGCGUUGAUGGACUCAGUAUCCCAGGAGCCCCUGGGCCUCCUGGACCUCCUGGACCAACCCUUAAUCUGCCGGAUCUGCUGCUCAACAUGACAGAGGGGAUCUUCAACUUCACAGAUAUCAGAGGACCACCAGGGCCCGUGGGCCCUGAAGGCUUGCCUGGCAGAGCAGGAUUUCCUGGCCCCAGGGGACCAAAGGGAGACGUAGGCCCUGCAGGUGUCCAGGGGCCAUUAGGGCUCAAGGGGGAGAAAGGGGAGCCAGGGGUGACCAUUGCUGCUGAUGGAUCCCUCAUAUCAGCACCAAGAGGUCCCCAGGGGCCGAAAGGCCUCAAGGGUGACCGUGGUUUCUCUGGACCUGCUGGACUAAUGGGCCCGAUAGGACCAAAUGGACAAAAAGGAGAAUAUGGCUUUCCUGGUCGCCCAGGACGAUCUGGUAUGCCUGGGAGGAAAGGUGACAAAGGAGAUGCUGUGGGUCUAUCGGGACCUCCGGGUCCUCCGGGCCCGCCUGGACUUCCAGGAAGAGUAGUUGGGCUGAAAGGAACAGUGUUUCCGGUGCGCCCCAGACCGCACUGCAAAAUGGGACGACAGUCAGGUACAGCGAGAGACUCAGUCGGAACUAAAGGAAACAAAGGAGAUAUAGGAAUACCUGGAGAGCCAGGGACACCUGCACCCGAGUUUCCAGAUGGAGUUGUGGGUGCUAGAGGUGAUAAGGGAUACCAAGGUCAGAAGGGAGACAAGGCUGAUGGCGGUCUGCCUGGUCCUCCUGGACUGCCUGGCAGGUCAGGACUUGUGGGUCCCAAAGGUGAGUCUAUCGUGGGACCUCAUGGACCUGUUGGUCCGGUGGGCGAGCCUGGAGCUCCUGGGUUUGGACGACCUGGCCCCCGAGGGCCCCCUGGUCCUGCUGGACCCCCAGGACCUGCAUCUGGAUAUGGAUCAGGUGCCAGUGUCCCUGGCCCCCCCGGUCCCCAAGGCCCGACAGGAUCUCCAGGAAAUGCCAACGCGAUGACUGUUUAUAAGACGAGCAACGCUCUAGACAGAGAGACUCAUCGCGCUGCAGAGGGAACAUUGGCCUAUGUGUCUGAGAAAGGAGGAGAGCUGUUCAUCAGAGCACGCAACGGCUGGCGCAAGAUCCAGCUCGGAGAGUUGAUCCAAUCUGGACCCUCCUCAUCAGUGACGUCUCAGUCCCUCAGCAGAACUGCUGAGAGGAGCCGCCCACACAGAAUCCACAGCCAGGAGCUUCAAGAGAGCAGUAGAGGAUAUCAGCCCAGCUAUAAUGUAUUACCUCAGACCUUCAACGCUGUACCGGGGCUCCAUCUGGUGGCCCUGAACGCCCCGCUGAAGGGGGACAUGCGUGGCAUCCGGGGGGCCGACUUCCAGUGCUACCAGCAGGCCCGCUCCAUGGGGCUGACCUCCACCUACCGGGCCUUCCUGUCCUCACACCUGCAGGACCUGGCGACCAUCGUGAGGAAGGCCGACCGCACUGACAUGCCCGUGGUUAACCUCAGGGGUGAGGUGUUGUUCAGUAGUUGGAUGUCCAUCUUCUCUGGGAAUGGAGGCACUUUUACCCCGUCCACACCCAUCUACUCCUUUGAUGGCCGCAAUGUGAUGACUGACUCAGCAUGGCCAGAGAAGCAGGUGUGGCACGGCUCCAACACGGUGGGCAUCCGCCUCACCUCCAACUACUGCGAGGCGUGGAGGACGGGAGACAUGGCGGUGACGGGCCAGGCUGCUCUGCUGCAGACGGGACGCCUGCUGGGGCAGCACACGCGCUCCUGCUCCAACCACUACAUCGUGCUGUGCAUAGAGAACACAUACGUGGGGAACACGCAUCAAAAGAGGACCUGAAGAACACACACUCUCACACAAACACACAUGCAGGCGUGCUGAAAGUGAAGAGUAGAACAUGUGACUAAGUUCACAUGCAUUUUAAUUGAAAUGGAAAACACAUGCAGGCACAUACAUGAUGAUAUAUCACUGCAUAUAAAUGACAGACAGAAGGCACUUUUUGUUAAUGCGUUCAGAAAAUAUACACCCACGUUGACACGCAGCAGGCGCCUAAUGAAAACACACAUUUGAGUUUCUUUCACUAUGUUUAGGUUUGUCUUUAGUGCCAAUGUUUAACCCAACAUGCGUCCGUCCCAAGUUAGAUUUUAAUUAACUAAACUUUUUUUAAUGACAGCAUCACACAGGACAUUGAUAUUAACAGUAUGUGUUGUUAAAGUGAGGAAUGACUCGGGAUAUCAGGCACUGACACAGACUGAUCUGAGCACAGCUGAAUAACUGAACCAUUACUGUGCAGGUUCUGUUUUAAGGAAUACUUCACCCACAAACUGUCCGCUUGUAUAUCAGUUACUCACCCUGUUAAUUAAAAUUCUUGAAGAAAAUAAAUCUUACAUGCCUACAUGGUGAACAAAGAAUAAGAAAACAAAAAAAAGUCUUGAUAAAUGGAAUUAAAUGUGGGCUGCAUUUAACAAGAAUUAUUCAAGGUAACACAGGGUGAGUUACAGAUAAAGAAAUGGCCAUUUUGUGGCUGAGGUACCCCUUUAACUAAACAAUUAUAAUUGUUGCUUAUCAUUUUCAGAAUUGUAGAUAUUUUUUUGUAUUUUCCCUACAGUUCAAUACAGUCAACAAACCCCAUGAAUGAAAAUAUCAACAACAGCUGGUCCCUUUAGUUUUUAGCAAACUUCAUGCAAACAAGAGGAAAUAGUGCAUUUGUUUGGGACUAUUUUCAGUGGUGGAUUUACACACAUUUGGCUAUCUACUGUCUAAUUUUUGGCAGCAGGACAGCGUAAAUGGGAUUGAGUUGAAAUAAACUACAGUGUGUGUGUUCAUGGUAAUAUAGGAACCCAGUGCAAGUUCAUAAUUAAUAAGAUCAAUAAAUUGUUAGUUUUGGUCUUUUUUCACAGAGAAAAAUAUAGAUUAUCACCAGGUUUACAUUAUAAAUAUGAUGAGCACAAUGUGAACCGUUUGAGAAACAUACCGCACACAUGUAAUGACAUAUUUCUUUGUGUGUGAACCUCUAAUGUCAGUGACCAUGUCUUCCUGUCAUAUUUUAAAUGUUAAUUCACUGUAUGAAAAUGACUUCCUGCUAGCAAAGUCAACCAAUCACAGCAUCACUUCUUAUUCAUCCAUUUUAUUUUCAGGCCAAAAAACACUGGCUGGAUUUGACCAAAAACAUUUUACCACUAGGAUCAUCUCUAUUUGUUAAAGCUGCUGAUUAUUAAAACAACAUUCAAGAGAUUAUAAAACAGCCUACGGAAGAGGAUUAGAAAAUGUGGGGAUGUGAAAAAAAUGUUUUUUUUUGUUCUGAGAAAAAAGUCAGAAUUCUGAGAUUAAAGUUUCUUCCAUGUGGCCCUUAUCAUCUUCCGUAAAAGCCUAAUAGGAAGUUGAGAAGAAAUAUUCUGAAGAAAAAAACGGAAUUGUUUAAAAAAAAAAGUUUUAUCAGGAUGUUUAAUUAAGUUAGGGUUUUUUGUUGUGUCCGCAUUGUGGUUGACAGCGUAGUUGUAAUACUUAAUUUCCCCACUAAAGGCAGAAGCGCAUCACUACCUAAUGUUCUAAACAAUUAAAAUACAUAUCUAGCCGAAAGAAAGACAUGAAGGUAAUGUUACAUCACUUGCUGACACUAUUUAAACAGUUAUAUUCUGAGGCCAAAUUGAUUCUAAAAAUGUGAGUCCCAUAACAGUUUAUUUAGGAUUUCGAAAGAUCAUCCUUUUUUUACCCAUUUUAAAAUCCUGAUCACAGGCUAGAGAACUUUUUUUUUGCAUCUCAUGGCUUCCGUAGCAUAAGUCAUGCAUUGAAAAAAUGUAUCUAGGCAUGUUAAAACAGAAGCCUGCUAAGACUAAAAUGUAGGCGAGUACACAAAUAAUAUCAGAGACCUAAUCGCCCACCCCCCAGGAAAAACUUGUUGACUUACUUUGAAUUGAUCAGUUAAUGCAUUACCAUUUAGCAUCUCGUAAUGCAAGUAUUAAAGCUUGAUUGUCUUUUACAAAUUCAAGUCCAAAGCAGCUAUUUUUUUUCCUGUUUUCUUUCGUCCUGUUGCUUGCAAUAAGUCAUUCAAAAGUAGUGUCAACACUAUCAGAGCUUUAGAGUUAGUAUUAGUCAAAAUCAUCAAUGUGUGAUUUUUGUAUUAAUUUAUACAGUAGCAGGACACAGUGGGAAAAUCUAGCGAGUUCACUUUCAGAUUUUGAUGAAGUUGGAACAUGUGUAUGUACAGUAUAUAUGUGUGUUUGUUAUUGUUGUCUUAAUGUCUUUGUUUUUUACUCUGUAGAGGUAGGUUUUGUAUGACGCACACUAAAUGAAGUAUUUCUCCCACCAAGCUUUAGAUGUAGUUCAAGAGUUUUGCCUGUAAAGAUGAAAGUGUUUGAUAUGAAAUGAAAAGUCGUUUUACUGAUGUCUGAUUUAUGAUUACAGUGCAAACAAAACUUGAGUUUCUGAGGAAAGCGAACAUUUGUACUGCCUGGUGCUCACUGAAUAAAUGUUUCUUUUUUUUUA